CGCGCCUCUCACCUGGCUCAACACGUCCACCGUCCGAGCCAAGUAUGCUUUCUGCAGGCUUCUGAAUCAUCAGUCAACUAUCAUGGCAUCUUCAGGCCUUCUUGGAAUUUCAGUCAGCGUCACACUGCAACACCCGCCGAACACGGUCGUGGAAGGUCUCGUCGCAAAUGUCAACCCGCAGACGGCAACCCUGACGCUCCAAGAUGUUCACUUCCCGGCUUCUGGGCAUCGCCUGAAUAGCUACAACGUGGAGGGGCAUGCCAUUGCCGAUAUCAAAGUCAAUACAGCCGCAGCUCAGACACGGCAACAUAACCCGCCUCCACUCCACCCGCAAGCAUCGUACCAUCAAUAUACCGCCAGUCAGAUCUCGCAAGGCCCUCCAAGCAUCCGCUCAGCGCCACAGCCCUUCGUUGACCCCGCGAUCCUCAGCAUGGGCAAGAGGGCCACCGCCCCUUCCGCGCAUCUGUCCAUUGCUGCCCCGCCCCAAGAAGCACCAGCUACGCCGAUAAAACCUAUAUCUUCCGCCGCUGUCGGACCUCUGCCGACCAAUACCUCGCCCUUUGUCGGUGUUGCGAAAGAACGGAAUUUGCGGAAGCCAAGCGCAGCAACUCUUGAGGGGCCAUUCUCAUCUCUGGACAUAGCAGAUGCAGAAGCGCAGGAGAGCGACGAAAACAAGACUGUAGAGCCCGUUGCCCGCAGGACGAGUAUCACGAAGACCCGCACUGGAAAGCCCAUGGACGAGCCCAUCGUCCAACCUGCCGCAAAGAACGAGGAGGGUUACAAGCGCACCAGGCGCGGAGGGAAAGCGCGCAAGAAGGAGGUUGCUGCGCAGGAGAGGCGCAAUGGAGCACAUGUCCAUUCCUCCCCGGAUGCUACCCGUAAAACGAAGGGCAAUGGCUGGAGGCAGACGCCCAUGCUUCAGGACGCUGAGUAUUCACAAGCUCGGACACCAGGUGUUAUCGGCGGCAGGGUCGGGUUGGAAGCAGCGCAUGCCUCGAACCGCAAGACGCGGCGCCAGAGGGCACUUGAAGCGAACAAUGGGUGGGCAACAGAAGAUGCAACUGACAUCCAAGAUAUGCCCGAAUUUGAUUUUGCCGAAAAUCUCUCCAAGUUCGACAAGCGCACAGUAUUCGAUCAGAUCAGGAACGAAGAUACGACCGCUGACGAAGAUCGACUGGUCAGCUUCAACCGUCUAGCGCGGCCGGGAACGCAUGGCGGCAAGAAUCUGCACCCUACCGAGAACGUGCUCGAUGGGCGACGCCUGAAGAGCACGUCGAACUCAAGUACAGAUGACGACAUGUCAGACGUUGGCAGCGGACGCAAUUCCCGAAGAGCAAUGUCGCGGGCUUCAAUCAAGCGGAUCCCAACAAGACAGAGCAGUGGCGUUCAGGGCGAUAUUGAAACACAAAGUCAUUCUGGAGGCACGAAUCUCAUGGCUCGGACCAAUCGAACCUAUCUUAAUCGACAAUACGCGUCUUCCUCUCAUGCUACUGGUAGCCCGAAGCCUGGCCGGAUCACGACGCCUCCAGACUCCCCACUUCUCGAGGCCGUAUCGAGAUCUUGCCUACGUUUAGUCUCUAGCAACCGUAAAUGCCAUACCAUUACCCCUGGCGGCAUGCUUGCAGUCGAAGAGAUCGCUGAGGUGGACUUCGGGCUCACGGAAGAUAUCAUGGCAGAGAAUGCAGGUCGUGGCAUAGCAGAGGUUGCGCUAUCAGCUAUCAACCCCGGCGGUCGACGGUUAGCCCGCGAUAAUCCCAAUGCACGUCCCGUCAUAGUGGUUUUAGCAGGCAAUCAUCGUGGCGGAGCCAGAGCGAUAGCUGCCGCUAGACAGCUACACGCUAGAGGCCCGAAAGUCAUGGUUGCCCUCCUUGGCUUCGAGCGAAACGCAGACUGGGAUCGAGACGUCCGGCGCCAAGUAGAGCUGUUCAAAAAGCUCGGAGGCUCAGUUCGUGCCUGGCAUGACACCGAGGACGCUUUGAAGAGGUUACAAGCACCACCUGAGCUCAUUAUCGACGCGUUGCUCGGCCGACACAAAGAGUUCGAUGCUCUAGGAGACGAAGACAGGCGAACGGUUCUAACGAUCGUUGGUUGGGCGAACAAGUCCCGCGCUGCUGUUCUCGCCGUCGAGACGCCGUCGGGCGUAGGCGGCUCCACCGGUGAAGUUGCAAUCCUGGAAGGCGAGCCCCUCGAGGUCAGAGCGAAAUACAUCGUGUGCCUGGGUGCGCCGAAGAGUGGAUUGCUCAAAGCACUACACAAUGGUGCGGGACGUGAACCGCAAUGGCUUAUCUGGGUCGUCGAUAUUGGAGUCAAUCGGCCAUGGAGAAAUGCGGGAAUUGGCGGUGGGAAGGGGAUCAAGUUCGGCGAGCACUGGGUCGUUCAGGCACAGUACUCCGAAGAGACGGAAGGCGAUGGCCUUAGGGGUUAGAAGGAUGGGGAUGGACUCUGUACAAGUCGACUCUUUCGCAUUGCGCGGGCGUUUUGUUAUUGGAUCACGGUGGAUCCCGGAUGGGAAAUUUGGCACCAGCUUGAACGUCAUAGCGAGGGCCCCCUUUAGAAGCUGCACAUGGCGCAGCAAAAGCAUGCAGACUCUCAAUGCUAACUUGUCUUUGCGGUCUGCUGCGGUCUGCUGCGGACCAAAGCGAGCGGAACUGUCCCGCUCGCUAAAGCUUGGCCAGCUCUGAUAAGAUAAGAGCCGAACUUCGGACCAC